CUCGUGCGCGGGGAAAUACCGAGACGGUUCCAGAACUGGGGGAAGGAAAAUUCUUUGCUACUGGUUAUGAUUCACCGGAGCCGAUUCGACAGUAGAUGCAACGAUCGAGUCAACAGUGAAUCGCCGGACUCUGCGUGGAAUCGUUAAUCGAGGUGUGUUUCCUUCUUUCCUGUUCAAUGUCGUGGUGGACAGCAACGAUGGCUGUUCCUCGUGGAACAUGGAUCAAUCUUGGAUUUCUACUGAUUCUUCUGCAUCUGAUGCAUCAACCGGUGACGUGUGCUGGAGACUCGGCUGAUUAUUACACGGCAGCGGUGGUGGAGUUUACCCCGACACACAAAGGGAGUGACGGUACGACAACUUUGAGGGAGAACAGUCUAUCGUACGUGGAGUACAUAGAACAAGCUAGUCAACAGAAUGCCGACAUCAUCGUGUUCCCUGAAGAUGGUUUAACAUCUUUGUACAUGCCUAGUCGGGCACACAUGGAUUCCUGGGCAACUGUGAUUCCUUCCCCCCUCGAAAACUACAUCCCUUGUACCGAGAAUCGGAUCAGCAACGUGAGCGAGACGUUGAAGAGAUUAUCAUGCGCCGCGCGGCAGAAUCGCAUCUACGUAGUGGUGAACAUUGCCGAGAAAGAGUACUGCGAGCCAAAAGGUAAAAGAUGCGCGGAUGGAGUGAGUUAUCACAACACCAACGUGGUGUUCGAUCGAUCGGGAGCAAUCGUUGCCAGAUACCGCAAAGUAAAUCUCUACAUGGAGUAUAGAUUCGAUACCACGGAAGAGCCGGAAAUCGUUACUUUCGAUACCGACUUUGGUGUCACCUUUGGCACCUUUAUCUGCUUUGAUAUAUUAUUCUGGGUACCGGCUUUGAAUCUGACCAGGAUGCGAGGAGUUUCCAAUUUUGUGUAUACAACAGCCUGGUUUUCAGAAGUGCCGUUCUUAACGGCUGUCCAAACGCAGUUUGCAUGGUCCUUUGCCGAGAACGCGAAUCUCUUGGUAUCCGGAUAUCAUGAUCCGAUCAAUGGAAACGCCGGAAGCGGCAUCUAUCUAGGUCGCAAAGGAAUAGCCAACGCGACGAUUACAGCCUCCCCCUUGCAUCGGCUGUUGAUUUCUCGGGUCCCAAAGAAGAAUGAGCCGAGCAAAAGGACGGAGGAGAUUCUGAUCGACGAAACGAUUGUUCCACUAGAAUCUUUCGCGGUCGUGGGGAAGCAGCCGGAAGAGAAACUCAACUUGAUACGUCUUCUGCACGAUAAUCUCACCGCGUACGAAUCCGUUCCGUUAGAGGUUUCAAUGACCAAGAAGCUUUGUUACAGGGACUUCUGUUGCGAUUUCGACGUCCGCACGAGCGGUCCGAUCGAUCCUCGAGUCAAUUAUCGAGCGGUCGUUUACGACGGGGUUCGCCUGUACGGUGCGUACGUACAAGCAGGUGUCCGCGUGUGCGCUGUGAUACAGUGCAAGAAUCAGUCGUUCGAUUCCUGUGGCUCCUACCAGUCCUCCGACACCACGUUUACCACCUUGAACAUUACGGCCACGUAUCCCGAUUAUUCCAAUAUUUUAGCGAUGCCGAGCGUACUCGAUCACUCGCUCUUUCCCAUCGAACACUUUACUUACACCGAACGCCCGCACGACGGGCAAACUAGUGUCAGCCUCGCUUUGAAGCAACCGACCAGAAACCUCGUCACUUUCGGCUUGUAUGCCCGAGACUUUACCAAGGAUAGAGAAGAUCGACCUUGA